AUGCAUCUCCCAACGAACAAACUCCAGCUCCGCCCUAAACUUACCAACGUUCUACAACACUCAAGCAAGACUUCCACCUCCAAGACCCCCGAAGCUCCAAUUCCAAACAAAACGGACAACAGCGUCAACAUCAAAGACAAGCGCAACAUCAAGAUCGGCAUUGCCGCACUCCGUACCGUCAGCAAAUGGACCGAUAAAGCUGCACUGACGCUCGAGAAGCUCGAGGGCCAAGAAGCGUCGAAGCACUGCCAAGAUCGCCAGGCGCGCUUGCUGGCAGAAGACGGCAGCAAAGGGUACGGAAAACAAGCUCAGGAUUCUGGGGUUUGGAGAGAGACUGUAGUAUAUCCGGUACCUACCCAGAUUGGUAGUGCUAGGGCAAUGCACGCACACGAACCGUCAAGAGUGUACGGAGCAGUAGCAGCACCUUCCAGUCAAGGAGAGAGUCACAUUACGGCCGGCGCUGUGGAGGCACCGCUUGUCCAGACUCAUCAUGCGCAUGUCUUGGCUUCUGUCGAGGAGUACUACGACGAAAGCAGCGAUGACGAAGACGAAGGCAAUACCUCUAGGCAGAUCGGUCUCAACAGCUCCACAAACGUUGACGCAGAUGACGGUACCGAUGAGGAAGAUACUUCUGAUGAUUCUAGCGACGAUGAGAAGGAGGAUGACAGCGAUGACGAGAAGGACAGCGACGAGGACAGCGAUGCUGAUUCAGAUAGCGAGGCGCAUGAUAGCUCUGAUGAUGCUGAGGAUUCGGACGAGGAGGAAGUGGAGGCAAAGCAGCCGAUGAUCAAGAAUGCUAAGAAGUGA